UGCUUGAGACAAUUAAGCGUUCCUUAGCUUGAUAUUCUUGUAUGAUCCUAGCUAGCUAAAAGAAAUUCAUUUUUAAUGGAGAAUGGUUAUGGAUCUAGUGUACCUGACAAUGCUGCUGUAUUGCCUCAGGCGGAGAACAUGAUGUUUGGUUCUACUGAGUUCAUCAACAUCCCUACGCUGGAGAACGUGCCUAAUUUGGGAUGGGGAGCUGGGAACAAGGACAUGCUUGGUCAUGGUAGGCCUCCAAUGAAUGUUUCAACCGAGAAUAUGGAGGACAUGCUUGGUCUUGGUGUGCCUCCUCCUAUGCCUGUUUCUGCCUACUCUGGCAUUUCCACGGUGGAGAACAUGCCUUCUUUGGGAUGGACGACAUUUCCACCUACCGGGAACAUGCUUGGUCUUGGUGUGCCUCCUAUGACAACGGUAUGGCCUCCAGAGGACAUCUAUAAAGCUGCGGAGAAUAUGGACGUGUUUGGUCUUGGUUAUCCUCUCAUGAAUUCUUCCACCUACUCCAGCAUUUCCACGGCCAAUUUGGAAUGCAUUCCGGUGAUCACGGAAUGCCCUCCGGUGGCUACCACUACUUCUCAAUGACGGAAAUUGAGAAAGUUAGCACAUCUCAACACGAAGGAGUGAGCCAAGAAGGCAUAAUGUUUACACCAGACCUUCAAGAUCAGCAAUCCAAGUUGUAUCCAUCAAGCUGUAUAACAACGCCACAGCGGCAGCCGCGGCUGUCCCAAAACAGUACUAGGAUGUGGGUUAAAGUAAAAUACAAAGAGGAUCUUCUUAGGUUCCCGCUCGACCUUCUAACCUUGGACAGUUUGAAGACAGAAGUCUUAAAGAGAUGCACUGAUUUGGAAGCAGAUGGUUUUAAAUUCAUGUACAAGGAUGAAGAUGGGGAAAUGAUCACUAUAGCUUGUGAAGAUGAUUUGCAUUUCUGCUUCCAAUAUUUCAAGUCAUCAUUCCACAACACCAAAGUCAGAUUGUCACUUGUUACAAAUGAUCAAUAAAGCUGCUCAAUUAUACGUAAACUACUGCAUCGGUCUACGUAAAUUCCCUAGUUAUGGGUCAUCUUAAAUUCUUAAUGCCUGCCAAUGAAGACAGCGCAGCGGGACUUACUUUAUAGAGAAUGAAGCUAAGAUACGAGUUCUACUCCGGCCAUGUGAUACUUAUUUCUACUCUCUCACUUUAUUUCACAAUGUGACAGUUGAUGAUUAGUUAUCUUUUAUCAUGUUAUUGGAUUCAAAAAAAAAUGUCAAUAUUAAAAUUUUGUGAGGGUGAAUAAUAGUUGAUAGUUGAAUUUGAGAGUAGAUAGAAAGUAAAUUCCAGUGUACAAAUAAUAUGGGACAUUGACAAACCCGAAAAAAAAAAUGGUGGAUGCCUCAUCUACUGAACAGUCAAAAACCCAUAAGCUAAUAAGGAGUAUGUGUGAC